CCAGGACUGUCAGACUGUCAGAAGAGCAGGGCCCUCGUUGCCGGGAGACGGGUGGCAGUGGUGGACACUCCAGACUGGUUCCGCUCCGAGCACCCUCCCGAUGUGGUCCGUUCCCAGCUGUCGUCCUGUGUGGCCCUCUCGGCCCCUGGCCCCCACGCCUUCAUCCUCUGUGUCCCCGUAGACCAACCAGCCCAGGCAGAGCUACAGGCUCUAGGGGCCCUAGAGAAAGUCUUUGGUCCCGGGGCGGUCCGGACCCACACCCUGGUCCUCUUCACUCACUCCGAUCGGUUGAAGGAGAGCGGGAAAGUGGGAGUGGAAGGAGUGGAGAAGUAUAUCUCCAGCCAGAGGAGAGAUUUGUUAGAGUUGGUUAAACGAUGUGGGGAUCGGUAUCAUGUGAUGGAGAGAGGGAGCGGAGGAGAAGGCGAGGAGGAGAGGAAGAGGAGGAGUGUGGGGGAGUUAUUGGAUAAGGUGGAGCAGACGGUGAGAGAGGGAGGAGGAGAGUGUUUCUCCUGUCCGCUCUUCCAGGAGGCGGAGGAUAGGGUGAGACAGAGACAGGAGGAGAUAGUGAGGGAGAGGAGGGGAAGAGGAGAGGAGGUGAAGAGACAAGCGCUUCAUUCCUACUCCAUGCAGCCCUUGAGAGAGACAGAGGAAGAUGAGGAGGAGAAUGAGAGAACGAGAGAGGAGGCGGAGAAGAGUGUGAGCGCCCUGGAAUUGGAAAAUCUUCCCUCGCUCUCGUCCUCUCCUGCAUGGUAUUCGUCGCUCCUUCGCUCGGUGUGGGAGAAGGUGGGGGCGGGAGCGAGUAAGGUCCCCAAGCUGACGGCUGGAGGUGCGCUGCUGGGUGGGGUGGUGGGCGUGUUCUUUGGAGGGCCCAUAGGGGGAGCUAUAGGGGCCACUGCUGGAUCUGUGGUCACUGAGGUGGGGAGAAGGAGGUUUAGCCAGACAAAGAACUCAGCAGAAGAGACAGAUGCCACAGGGAGAAUAGAAGGAGAAAUCUUGGACAAGGUGUUGAAAACAGAGUGAGAGAGUCAGAUCCGCACACGUUGAUAUGGAUGUACAGUACAGCAUGUUAUGAGAGAUUAUUUGAUAGGUUUCUACCUAUGAUAUAUAUCCACCUGUGACCGUGCAGACGUUGUAUAUAUCUGUGAUUAUAAACUGGGUUGGUCGAGCCCUGAAUGAUGAUUGGCUGACAGCCAUGGUAUAUCAGACAGUAUACCACGGGUAUGACAAACAUUUAUUUUUACUGCUCUAAUUACAUUGGUAACCAGUUGAUAAUAGCAAUAAGGCACCUCGGGGGUUUGUGAUAUAUUGCCAAUAUACCAUGGCUAUAUACCACGUUGCGUCGUGCCUAAGAACAGCCCUUAGCCGUGGUAUAUUUUCCAUAUACCACACCCCCUCGGGCCUUAUUGUUUAAACAUAAUGUUGGUAAUAUUGUAUAUCUGUGAAUAUAAUGUUGGUAACAUUGUACAACAUAUACUGAUGUUUAAGUUGUUUUGCAGCAAAUACCGGUUCUCAUUGACUACUUCAAUGUUUUGUUGUAUUUCUUUUCCAGCUAUUACAAUUAUGACUUGAUUAUUCAAAUUACAUUCAACAUGGUUUCUUUAAAUGUUAAACUACUAUUGUGCAUAUAGUUAAUGGGUUUAUUAAUGCUAAUAAAACACAUUGCAUGAUAAUAUCA